AUGUUUAAGUCACUUUUCAUCACCAUCUGCGCCAUCGCUGCCUUCGUCGGCGCCCAAGAUGCUCCCGUGUUUACGGCAAAGCGAGUGGUCAACAAGGUCGUCAAUGAAGCGCCGUUCCUCACGGUUUCGACGGAAUUCGUUACCUGGACCCAGAGUCCUAGUAUCACUGAGUCGGAUGUCUCUACGACCUCCGCAACCGUGUCUAUAGGCUUUUGA